AUGCCCGCAUACCUACUGCACCAUUAUGACAACAGCGAGUUUCCCAAUGACAGGGUGGAGUCUGCACCCCGUACAGGCCGUGGCACAUGGAAGCAGAGGAAAAACCACACUAGCACACUGCAAGAGUUGGCACUGCUGCUGCCCAUAGCCCUGAAGACCAAGAAGCUCACAAAGAAGGAGAUUCUGGUGCAUGCACUGCAGUACAUUCAGUACCUCCAAAGAAACAUCGAUGCAGUCAAGGCCUUGCUGAAAUGCCACGCCACCAGUGUGGAAGGUGGCCUUGUGGGGCUGGGGCAGAACCCAGCGUCAGGCCCAGCCAGGCGGAGGAGACACUCUACCCCCUCCAGCUCCCCAAGCUCGCAGAAGUCCCGUCUCCAGGGGGCCUGCCAGAAGCCUCGGAAGAAGAAGCUGACCCAAGUGUCAGAAAACCAAGACCCCAAGAAGACUUGGACCCCAAAGCCUCGCCGCUCCCUGGCCCUGAACAAACCUGAGAAGCUGGUAACCUCAUCACCAGACCAGGAAGGAAGAGGCACAGGGGGGACCACCACCCCUCCAAGGUGCCCCGACUCCUGCGGUCACCCCAGACGUGCAUCAUCCUCGCCUCCAGGUGACAGAAAAGGAGGACAGUCCCAGCUGACGUUGCUGGAUCUGGCCGAGGACACCAUCCACUGUGACAUCUCAAGCUGCUGGUGCCAGGACAGUGUCCAGGACGACACUUCCCCUGCGUUCCUGGCCCAGGAAGAUGUGGAGAGUAUCCAUUUUCUCACCAAGACCCAGCCCCAUCCCAGGCAGCCAUUGGUGUUCUAUGAUUCCAGCCAGGAUGUGGACAAAAGGUCCCUAGACGUUGACCCCUGGCUUCCUGCCUGGACCCCAGAGGACAGCCCUCAAGGGAGCCCACUGUCCCUGGGGCCUCCCCAGAUUGAUGUCUGGAGCACAACAGGCCACCCAAGUGAGAUCCUUGGGCUCAGCCCCAGCCUUUUCAGCUCCCCUGGGAAACUGCUUCCAGAUGAGCUCUUGGAGGAUGGCACAGAGUACCUGACCCAAGCAGCUCUCUUUAAAGAAGUGCGCUUUGAUCUGGAGUCUUCACCUUCAGCCUACAUACAGGAGGCUCCACAGGAGAAGGACACACCCACCAAGGCCCCCGAAGACCCUUCGGAAUCCUACAGCCUGCCCCGGUCCUCCGUCUCACUGGAUCACUGCUACCUUUCACUGAAUGAGAACGGCAAGGCGCCAUCCAGCUCCACCUCCAGUCCCAGCUCCAGCUCCAGCUCAGACGACAGCGACUCGGAGCCCCUGUGGAGGAAACCAGAGGUGAGAGACGCCAACCCGGAGGGUGCGCCGGGCUCCAGUGAAGGCGACGAAGACACCACGUGGACCCCUAACCAGCAGGCCUCACCCCUGCCAGCAGUUGGGAGAAAGGCCAAGAAGGGCCAAGCAGUCAGGGCCCCUGGGAAGCCCAAGGAGAACAAGAAAGGCCCCUGCCCACCCCAGAUGAAGAAGAAGUGUGUCAAUGGCUUCAUCAUGUUCUGCAGGAUGAACCGGAAGCAGUACAUCCGAUUCUGUCCUGGGACCGCUUCCACGGCUGCUACCAAGGAGCUGGCCCAACUGUGGCGGGUGAUGACCCAGCAGGAACGAAGGCCAUACUGCACCAAAGCUCGCAGGUUCAGCCGUCAGCACAACCGCAUCGUGAAGCAGGACGGCUCCAGCAGCGAGGACGAGGACUGGGAGACGCCCAAGCCCUUCUACCAGCUGCUGGCUGAGAAGGCCUUGCCACUGCCCCCGCACCUCCAGUGAGAGGGCAGCCCCCUCGCCUGCUCCCCUCACCCCUCACCCCUCAAGGCAACUGUGGCUCUUGCUGGAAGCCAGGACCCAUCAAUGAACUUGUCCCUCCUGGGCCUCCAGCUUCUGAGAAUGCAGGUCCCCUUAGCCAGGUCCCAUGGGGCCAGGGAGGGGAGCACUGAUUGGCCCCCACUGCUGGGCACAUUUGCCUGGAGCACCAGAGUCGCCCACAGCUGCCCUGAUUCUCCCCCGGGCUUAUCAGGAAGAGAACCCAAAAUGAAAUUCGGGGUGUUGGAGGGUGAAGUUUACCAGCCCCCUGCUUUUUCCUUCCCCACCCCACAGCCACACGGUUGCAGCCCUGUUCAAGCUCACCUCACCCUACUCCUCCCUCUCCUGUUUUAUUUUUAGGCUAUUUAUUGUUUUAAAGAAAAUAAAGUGGGACCUUUG